CCGGGCGGUAUAUAGGGAGCCGCAUCCGCCCCUGUGCCGCAGGUUCUCUUACAUCGACCGCCUAAGAGUCGCGCUGUAAGAAGCUACCACCUCUCCUCCUCCUCUCGGCCAUUUGCUCGGCAGCCGCAAAGCAGCAACCAUGCGUGAGUGCAUCUCCAUCCACGUUGGCCAGGCUGGUGUCCAGAUCGGCAAUGCCUGCUGGGAGCUCUACUGCCUGGAACACGGCAUCCAGCCUGAUGGCCAGAUGCCCAGUGACAAGACCAUUGGGGGAGGAGAUGACUCCUUCAACACCUUCUUCAGUGAGACGGGCGCUGGCAAGCAUGUGCCCAGGGCAGUGUUUGUAGACCUGGAGCCCACAGUCAUCGAUGAAGUUCGCACUGGCACCUACCGCCAGCUCUUCCACCCUGAGCAGCUCAUCACAGGCAAGGAAGAUGCUGCCAAUAACUAUGCCCGUGGCCACUACACCAUUGGCAAGGAGAUUAUUGACCUCGUCUUGGACCGAAUCCGGAAGCUGGCCGACCAGUGCACAGGGCUUCAGGGCUUCCUGGUUUUCCACAGCUUUGGUGGGGGAACCGGUUCUGGGUUCACCUCUCUGCUGAUGGAGCGGCUCUCUGUGGACUACGGCAAGAAGUCCAAGCUCGAGUUCUCCAUCUACCCAGCCCCCCAGGUCUCCACAGCUGUAGUGGAGCCCUACAACUCCAUCCUCACCACCCACACCACCCUGGAGCACUCUGACUGUGCCUUCAUGGUAGACAAUGAGGCCAUCUAUGACAUCUGUCGUAGAAACCUUGAUAUCGAGCGCCCAACCUACACUAACCUGAAUAGGUUGAUAGGUCAGAUUGUGUCCUCCAUCACUGCUUCCCUCAGGUUUGAUGGAGCCCUGAAUGUUGACCUGACAGAAUUCCAGACCAACCUGGUGCCCUACCCCCGCAUCCACUUCCCUCUGGCCACCUACGCCCCUGUCAUCUCUGCUGAGAAAGCCUACCAUGAACAGCUUUCUGUUGCAGAGAUCACCAAUGCGUGCUUUGAGCCAGCCAACCAGAUGGUGAAGUGUGACCCUCGCCACGGUAAAUACAUGGCCUGCUGCCUGUUGUACCGUGGUGACGUGGUCCCCAAAGAUGUCAAUGCUGCCAUUGCCACCAUCAAGACCAAACGUACCAUCCAGUUUGUGGACUGGUGCCCCACUGGCUUCAAAGUUGGCAUCAAUUACCAGCCUCCCACUGUGGUCCCUGGUGGAGACCUGGCCAAGGUCCAGCGGGCUGUGUGCAUGCUGAGCAACACCACGGCCAUCGCUGAGGCCUGGGCCCGGCUGGACCACAAGUUUGACCUGAUGUACGCCAAGCGUGCCUUUGUUCAUUGGUAUGUGGGUGAGGGCAUGGAGGAGGGAGAGUUUUCUGAGGCCCGUGAGGACAUGGCUGCCCUGGAGAAGGAUUAUGAGGAGGUGGGUGUGGAUUCUGUUGAAGGAGAGGGUGAGGAGGAAGGAGAGGAAUACUAAAUGUAAAAUGUCACAAAGGUGCUGCUUUUACAGGGAAGCUUAUUCUGUUCUAAACAUUGAGAAGUUAUGAUCUGGUCAGUUAAUUUGUCUGUAGCAGUGUAUGCGCUCAUAUGCAAUUACUGCCUUUCAAACACGACGCUCUGUCACAGACCAAGCUUUCCUUUCUGUGACAGGCUUGAAUAAAGUAUUCCCUGUCUUACAUGA